GCUCGGGGAGGAGAAAAAAGAGAGGGAGAGCAGAGGGAGAAGAAGGUUUAGGCGGGAAGGGUUUUGAGGAACUCGCGCGGCUGUCACUCCAGGUGCUCCGUUUACUUUCUAAGGGGUUGGACUUUAAACCUACAAGUUGAAGGAGGUAAAGGAUUCACUUCAGGUGCAGGAUUAUGUCAUUGCUAUCACGAAGAUAACCUCCUCAAUACCAUCUCACAAGUUUAGCGGAUUAUGCAUAGCUUGCUGCGUGGUUAUUGAAAUUGAAUGGAUCAUGGAGAAAGGUGGGCAAAGAGAAAAUGGGCACAAGCCAGAUCAGUACAAGCCUAUGCUUUCUCAUCAGUGGAUUCCGCCUCCACAGUCGAUGAAGGAUCACACAGCCAUGAAACUGAUGGCCGUCAUGGCUGAGAGAGAUGCUGCUAUCCAGCAGAGAGAUGCGGCAGUCAAUGAGAAAAAAGCUGCCCUGUCUGAGAGAGAUAUAGCCAUAAUUCACCGGGAUGCUGCAUAUGCCGAGAGAAAUGCAGCUUGGAUGGAGCGUGAUGCAGCAAUAGCUGCACUGGAGUAUGCAAGGGAGAAUGGGAUGGCCUGUCCUCCAAGUGUUCAUGUUGCCAACUCACGGGUGAGUGGUGGUAAGUAUAUCCAUUCGGAUGCGGCUUGCCACGUUAGAGAAACUCCAAUGACUAACGUCUACCCAAUGUCAGUAUCAGAUGCUGUUCUUAACGUAAAACCGGGACGUGUGAGGGCACCAAGGAAAGAGAGGAAAGUGGUCACUGCCCUGAAGCCUACUCCAAGGACGAGGAAACCAAGGAGAGGGGGGGCUGGCGAAGAUCUGAACAAGCAGAUCCCGAAACAUGAGUGGAAGGAUCAAGGCUUGGGACUGAAUCAAGUGGCGUUUGACGACUCGACCAUGCCAAUCCCUGUGUGCUCCUGCACGGGCGAGUUUCAGCAGUGCUACAAAUGGGGGAACGGAGGAUGGCAGUCUGCUUGCUGCACAACCACGAUGUCACUGUACCCGCUUCCUGUCCUGCCCAACAAGAAACAUACACGAAUGGGUGGCCGGAAGAUGAGCGGCAGCGCCUUCGGCAAACUUCUCAACAAGUUGGCUGCAGAAGGCUACGACUUGUCGAUGCCGUUGGAUCUGAAGGAUCACUGGGCUAAACAUGGGACAAACCGCUACAUCACCAUUAAGUAGAUUUUGCAAGAGGCGGCGGUUGUGAACAUGCAUGACGAUUUUGUGCACAUACACAUUAUUGUGUAGGAUGGGUAGGUCGAGGUUGCGGAGGAACCUCUGUUUGAUCCUUUGUAUUUUCGUUUGGGACUUCUGUUUUUGAGGGAAUGGAUGAAAGGGGUCUGCGGCAAGGUAAUAGGUGGAGGUAUGUCUGUCACUUUUGGCCGUGGUGUUUGGAUUCUUUCCUGUUUAGGGGCCUUUUCUAACGGCAAAGAACUUUUGUGGGGUGUACUGGGCGAGGUGGAACUUGCACUUCCUGCGACGCCCCGUUCACUUUGCUUGUGACUUUAACUUAAAUUUCAUCCACUUUACUAACAACUUUCAAAAUUUUGGACAA